AUGGCGCUCCCCGAAGAGGUAGAAGCUCUCACCAAAGCUUUCUCAGGACAUGGAAUUGAUGAGAAAUCAGUGGUUUCGAUUUUGGGGAAAUGGGAACCGGAGAAUAGGAAGGCUUUCAGGAAGGGAACACCGCAUCUCUUCAUAGAGGAUGAACGCCAAUUUGAGAAGUGGGAUGAUCGUCGGGUUCGACUUCUAAAACAUGAAUUCAUGCGUUUUAAGAAUGCAGCGGUGCUGUGGGCAAUGCAUCCGUGGGAACGAGAUGCUCGCUUGGCAAAGGAAGCGCUGAAGAAGGGUCCUCAUGCCUAUGGAUUGCUAGUUGAGAUUGCAUGCACCAGGACCUCAGAAGAGCUUUUGGGAGCUAGGAAGGCCUACCAUUCUCUUUUCGACCGUUCCCUUGAAGAAGACAUAGUUUCUCUUAUUGAUGGUGCGGAACGUAAGCUCUUGUUUGCCCUUGUGAGUGCUUAUAGAUAUGAAGGAUCAAAGGUUAAAGACGAGACUGCAAAAUCAGAGGCCCAAGCACUUUCUGUUGCCAUUCAGGCUGGUCAUGAGAAGUCAAUCCUCGAGGAUGAGGAAGUAAUAAGGAUACUAGCAACAAGAAGCAAACCUCAUCUCCAGGCAGUUCAUAAGCACUAUAAAGAAUUAUGUGGCAAAAACCUUGAUGAGGAUCUUGAUGACUUAAGGUUAAAGGAGACUGUGCAAUGCCUUUGUUCCCCUUUAACAUACUUUAUUCAGGUUCUGGAUGCAGCAUUGAGAUUUGAUGCAGAUAAGAACACCAAGAAAGCUCUUACACGUGUGAUUGUUACUCGAGCUGACACAGAUAUGAAGGAGAUCAUGGAUGAAUAUCAAAGCUUGUAUGGAGUUUCCUUAUCCCAGAAAAUUGAAGACACAACUAAUGGCAACUUCAAGGAUUUCUUGCUAACCUUGAUUGCUAGAGCAGGCUAAUUUUAGAAUCUGAAAAAUAAACAUAUGAUCAGAGCAUAAAUAAAAAGAAAGAAAGAAAAGAAAGUUAGAAGUAAGGAUUUAGAAAGAAAGAAAGAAAAGAAAGUUAGAAGUGAGGAUUUAAUCUGCAAUAAUUUUACCACAUGAUUAGAUUUUUUAAAAAAAAAUUAUAGGUAAGUGUUUCUAGAAUUAGUUGUGCUAAUUUAAAGUUCUGAAAUGUAACUCUGCCUGCAUAUGUUUAGGCAUGAUAUGUGAUAUGUGAUUGCAUAA